CUUGGGAAGGUCAUUUCAUCUCUGAGCCUGUUUCCUCGUGUAAAAAACUGGACCACGACCCCACUAGGUCGUUGUGAGGAUUAAGUGAGAUGAUGUUGGCCUACAGUAACAGCCCAAUCAUGGUGGGAGAGGGUAAGUAUCCAUUCAGAGAAGGGGAUACCGCCUGCUUUCUCAGCGGUUCCCAGGAGUUGCGCAGUGUCGGAAAAAGAAAAAGAAACUGAGGCCCAGAAAGGGAACAGGAUAAGGCCGGGUACCGGAGGCUGGGGCUAGACUCGACGCCUGCUGACUCUGCGUCCAGUGCUCCGACUGCCUCUAGGAGCCCCUGUCUCAGCCACCACAGUGGGCAUCAUGGCCGUGGACGUGGCAGAAUACCACCUGAAUGUCAUCAAGAGCCCCCCCAACUGGGAGGUGGGUGUCUACGCUGCCGGGGCCCUGGCGCUGCUGGGAAUUGCAGCUGUGAGCCUGUGGAAGCUCUGGACAUCGGGGAGUUUCCCCAGCCCCUCCCCAUUCCCCAACUACGAUUACAGGUACCUCCAGCAGAAGUACGGCGAGACCUACGCAGAGGCCAGGCAGAAGAGAGUGCCUGCCUGGAAUGCCCAGCGGGCCAGCACUCGGGCACCACCCAGUCGCAAAGGCAGCCUCAGCAUCGAGGACACCUUUGAGAGCAUCAGUGAGCUGGGGCCCCUGGAGCUGAUGGGCCGUGAGCUGGACCUGGCCCCCUACGGGACCCUCCGGAAGUCCCAGUCGGUGGACUCCCUCAACUCCAUCUCCUCCGUGAGCAACACCUUCGGGCAGGACUUCACACUGGGCCAGGUGGAGGUGAGCAUGGACUACAAUGCCGCCUCCCACACCCUCCACGUGGCCGUGCUGCAGGGGAAGGACCUCCUGGAGCGGGAGGAAGCCAGCUUCGAGUCCUGCUUCAUGCGCGUCAGCCUGCUUCCCGACGAGCAGAUCGUGGGCAUUUCCCGGAUCCAGAGGAACGCCUACUCCAUCUUCUUCGACGAGAAGUUCUCCAUCCCCCUGGACCCUGCAGCCCUGGAGGAGAAGAGCCUGCGGUUUUCUGUUUUCGGCAUUGAUGAGGAUGAGCAGAAUGUCAGCACGGGGGUGGUGGAGCUGAAGCUUUCUGUCCUCGACCUCCCGCUGCAGCCGUUCAGCGGCUGGCUCUACUUACAGGACCAGAACAAGGUCGCUGACGCUGUGGGCGAGAUCCUGCUCUCCCUCAGCUACCUCCCCACAGCCGAGCGCCUCACUGUGGUCGUGGUGAAGGCCAAGAAUCUCAUCUGGACCAAUGACAAGACCACAGCGGACCCCUACAUCAAGGUGUACCUGCUCCAGGAUGGGAGAAAGAUGAGCAAAAAGAAGACAGCUGUGAAGAGGGACGAUCCCAACCCAGUGUUCAACGAAGCCAUGAUCUUCUCAGUACCAGCCAUUGUGCUUCAGGACCUGUCUCUCCGUGUGACGGUGGCUGAGAGCAGCAGCGAUGGCCACGGCGACAACGUGGGCCAUGUCAUCAUCGGGCCCUCGGCUAGCGGCAUGGGCACCACGCACUGGAACCAGAUGCUGGCCACACUGCGCAGGCCUGUGUCCAUGUGGCACCCUGUCCGGCGAAACUAGCAGCCGGGGCAAGGCCAGGGUGGGCACUGGUGCUGCCUGGAGCCUGGUGCAAGCUCAGCUCUAACACCCUUCUCCAUAGUCCAGCUGGAGCCAUGAAUGCUGGGGUCUCCAGUGGAGUCCCCAUCAGUCAUCUUGGUCCCUCUGUCCAGACUGCAGUGGAGGACCGGGCCUGGCUAGGUAUCGUGGGACCCAGGGUUUCUCCCACUGAGGACCAGCUGUGGCUGGGCCAGGCCCCAGGAGGGCAGCUGGGCACUGGCCCAUUGUUCUCCCAUUUUGAGGUCCCCAACAGCUGUGCUCCUUGGCCUGGGGUGACCUUGGCCUCUCAGAGUUCCCCAUGCCCUACCCCUGCUGGAAGGCCAGUGCCAAGCUGGCCAGUGCCACGCACUGGAAUGGAGCGAGUCUUGAAAGACAGGUGCUGUGCUAGGGCAUCAGAGGGGUGACACGAUCGAGACACAGCCCCGAGGACAUCGGGAAACAAGAUGCCACAUCCUGUUGAUCUGCUCAGCACUAAAUGGUAGCCCAGACAGGCAGACUGGGGGAGGGCUCUGGGGGCUGGAGGACGAUGGGAGCUGUGGUUUGGGGUGGCAGGGAAAGAACUGAGAGUAUCCCAGGCAGGCGGUCCCACCUAAGUAUGGCAGGGACGUACAAACAGUCCUCAGCCACUGCAGUGGACACCAGGGCUUCUCUUGGGCAGGAGAAGAGGCCAAGAGACCACGCCAAGCAGAGGCCCGCAGGCCACGUGGGACCUGGCUCCGGAGUCAUUCUCUGUGAAAUCUACUCCCUUGGACCAUAACCCUUCCAAGGCCCAGAGGCCCAGACCCAGGUCCUAAUAUUCAGUCCCACACAAACCGGGCAUUGGCUCCAUGGCCUUUGUUGAAGUCCCUCCAGGCCAGGCCCUGUUGGGAAGAGACGUGCCUCAGUCUAUGGGGGACUGGUGGUGAUAGGGUCUGUGGGAGAGGCCUCCGUGGGCUGUAGGCCCCUGGGAUGUCAUGGUGGAGCAGAAGGCCCUUGGGCUGGGCCUCGGAGGGAGGGACAUCCUGAGCAGUGAGGGGCAGUCGAGGGGGGCAGUUCUCGGGCAAGGGGUCUAUGGGGGAGAACCCUCAGGAGAAACCUUUAAGGGAGAGAGGGAAGCCUGGGUGCAGCUAGCAAGUGGUGGCUUCAGGAGAGUCUAGCUUCAGCCUGAUGGCUUGGGGGAGCUCGGAGUGUGAAUAGUACCCCAGAGGGGUCCUGCCCAGAAGCAAAAGGGCUGGGCUGUUACACCCCUACAUGCAUCAUCUUUGGCUACCCUCCCACCCCCAGCUGGAGGAAGGGUCACUGGCUAAGGAAGCUCCCAUCCACCAAACGCAGCCCCACAGAAGCUGGCAGCUGUACACCCUUUGAAACUGUGGGGUGGGUGCCCCAGUGGACAGGUGGGUGUCCCUAUUGGUUCAAAGGUUGGGGGCAGGAGGGAUUAGUAUCUACUCUAUGGCGCCCCCCCACCCAUACGUGCAUGGGCUCUCAGGCUGGCUGCUUCUGGCCCUGGUGAGCCAUGGAGACCCAGGCCCACUAAUUAUCCCCAGUGAUGUGGCCGGAGGGCGUAGCUGGAACAGGGUGGGGUCCCAGAAUUGGGACUAGAGGCAGGACUGUGGCUCUCACCUGACACCUCCAUAGCCCAGCCCUGAGGCCAGGCUGUCUACCCAGUGCCUGCACCAGGAGGUCUGCACAGCCCAGGCCAGCUUAGGGCCCGGGGACACACAGCCUGGGAGAACCUCUGCAGCCUGGGAGACCCUGGAUUCUUUCUACCCCAGUGGCUAUGCAGUGCAGGCCAUGUAUUUCCACCUUCUCUUCCCCUUCUUUCCUUCCUUCUAACUGCAUGAAAUGUUGACCAUGCACCUGGGAUGGGUGUGGUGGGGACCCAGUAUGCUGACUGGAAUAAUUCUAGAACCAAAAUAAAGCUGGGGCAGGAAGGAGGAGGCUUCUGGAGAGUCCUGCUCGGCCCGAAUCACCUUCGUCUCUUCUAUAGGAACCAGGGACUCAGGUCUCUGCCCUGGUUAUUGUGAGUGUUCCUUCCCCUGUAGCUGGAUGCCCAGAGGAGAAGGAGCCCCCAGUCUGCUUGGGGAGACAGGGAUCUGUCUCCUCUGUGCCAUCAGGCUGCUUGGGAAGCUCAGAGAAGGGGCCUUGAGCAAGGCCUGGUGGAGCGGAUGGCUGUAGGGAAUAUCAAGCGCAGCUUCCAGUGGAUUUGCUGAGUCUUCAGGACAAGAAGCAUGAGGCCGCAAAAGAUGGAUAAGGCCCAAAAAGCAUUCCUGGCAGAGGGAACAGCAUACGGUAAAGGGCAGGAGUGGACAAACACUUGGCCAAUUUCUCAACCUUGUUAGAGCAAAGUUGGGGGAGGAUGG